CCCCCUGGCCGUCUCCCGUUGAGGAGGCAGGGGAAGGGUUAACUCGCUGCAGGGUGGGAGUGGGCCACCAGCACAGGCUCUCAAGCAGCACCUCCCCACCCUCCCCUCCGGGGCACUGGCAGCAGGCAAACCUCCCACCCACCUCGGAAGGUGCGGUGCGGCUGCCUGGCCAGCAGGAAGGGGUUAACACGCCUGCGCUGCCUCCUGUGUCCUGUUACUGCUGAGGCAGACCUGCCCGGCCAGCUGAGCAACUUUCCUUCCGAGUGCUGCCUGCCGGCAGGGCAUCCAGGAGACCAGCGGACAAGAGGCAGAGCUGCAGCCCAUUCUGGGGACCCUGCCGUGCCCUUCCGAGGGGUCCGGGCCUCCUGGGAGAGGGUGGGUCUCCGGGACAAGGGUCGGUGGUGGAUGGCUCUGGGGACGCUCCUGAAGCUGUGCCGUCCCCCUGCCGUGCAGGUUGGAGGGUCAUUGCAGAGGCUGCUUGUGGUCCCGGGGCAGGGACCGAGGGAGCCUGCACCAGAGACCCAUGUGGAACCCAAGGACACAGCCGCCCUGCUGAGAGCGUGGCGGCCCCUCCUUGGAAACCGUGACCUCGCGGCGGCGACGGUGGCCCUCGGCCCUCCACCUCCGGCUGGGGCGGGGGGCGCCCAUCUCCAAGUCCCCAGCCAUGACGACCUCCGCGCUGCGGCGCCAGGUGAAGAACAUUGUGCACAACUACUCGGAGGCAGAGAUCAAGGUGCGCGAGGCCACCAGCAAUGACCCGUGGGGCCCGCCCAGCUCGCUCAUGUCCGAGAUUGCGGACCUGACCUUCAACACGGUGGCCUUCGCUGAGGUCAUGGGCAUGCUGUGGCGGCGGCUCAACGACAGCGGCAAGAACUGGAGGCACGUGUACAAGGCGCUGACGCUGCUGGACUACCUGCUCAAGACGGGCUCGGAGCGGGUGGCCCACCAGUGCCGAGAGAACCUCUUCACCAUCCAGACGCUGAAGGACUUCCAGUACGUCGACCGCGACGGCAAAGACCAGGGCGUCAACGUGCGCGAGAAGGUCAAGCAGGUGAUGGCCCUGCUCAAGGACGAGGAGCGCCUCCGGCAGGAGCGGACCCACGCCCUCAAGACCAAGGAGCGCAUGGCGCUGGAGGGCAUGGCCAUGGGCAGCGGGCAGCUGGGCUUCAGCCGCCGCCAGGGUGAGGACUACGGCCGCUCGAGGGGCUCUCCGUCCUCCUACAAUUACCUGGAGCAGGCCCGGCCCCAGACGUCGGGAGAAGAGGAGCUGCAGCUGCAGUUGGCCCUGGCCAUGAGCCGUGAGGAGGCUGAGAAGCCAGUCCCCCCAACCUCCCUCAGGGACGAGGACCUGCAGCUGCAGCUGGCUCUUCGCCUGAGCCGGCAGGAGCACCGGAAGGAGGUGAGGUCCUGGCGGGGAGAUGACUCCCCCAUGGCCAAUGGUGCUGGGGCUGCAGCCCCCCGUCGGAGGGAAAGAGAGCCCGAGAGAGAAGAGAGGAAGGAGGAGGAGAAGCUGAAAACCAGCCAGUCCUCCAUCCUGGACUUGGCGGACAUCUUCGCACCCACCCCUGCCCCGCCCUCCACACACUGCUCCGCUGACCCAUGGGACAUCCCAGGUCUCAGGUCCAACACAGAGCCCAGCGGCUCCUCCUGGGGGCCUUCCGCAGACCCCUGGUCUCCAGUCCCCUCGGGAGGCAUCCUGUCCCGAAGCCAGCCGUGGCACCUGCCCCCUACGCUUUCCUCCUCUGAACCCUGGGGCCGGACCCCAGUGCUGCCUGCUGGAGCCCCCGCUACAGACCCCUGGGCACAGAAUUCCUCCCCCAACAAACUCCCCAACACUGGGGCUGACCCCUGGGGGGCCUUGGUGGAAACGUCCAGCACCCCUGCUCUAGGUGGCACCUCGACCUUUGACCCAUUUGCCAAACCUCCAGGAUCCACAGAGACCAAGGCGGGGCUGGAGGGUGCCCAGGCCCUGCCCUCGGGGAAGCCCAGCAGCCCUGUGGAGCUGGACCUGUUCGGAGACCCCAUCCCCAGUUCCAAGCAAAAUGGUACCAAGGAGCCAGAUGCCUUUGACCUGGGGAGAGUGGGGGAAGCCCUGACCCAGCCCGGCAAGGAGGCCCGCGCUCGAACACCCGAGUCCUUCCUGGGCCCCUCGGCCUCCUCCUUGGUCAACCUUGACUCCUUAGUCAAGACACCCCAGGCUGCAAAGACCCGGAACCCCUUCCUGACAGAUCUCAGCGCUCCAUCCCCCACCAACCCGUUUGGCGCAGGCGAGCCGGGCAGACUUUGGGGCGAGGCUAGGAUCCGCUGGGGAAGCCCCGACAGCGACCCAGAUGCUUGGGAGGCCCUGGAGCUAGAGACGGACCACUGGACUGCUCGCGGCCGAGGCCACGUCCCCGCAAUAAAGACUGGAACCCAGGGUCUCGCUCUCACCAAGUGGACUCUUUGCGGGACGUGGCGGCGGGUCUGGACCACACCGCGAAUCGCCGGCUGCUGUGGCAAUCGCUCCCCUCCCCGCACAGCCCCCUCCGCCUGGCACUGUGGCUCCCAGAUGCUCCCUGAGCCCUCGCUCAUGUGA